AGCCUGCUACAGGAGCGGGGACUUCUCUGGAACACUGGCGUGCGCAGGGGUUAAGCCCACCGUAGAGAGCCAGCCUGGCCUUCGAAGUGUUACGAGGGGAGGGUGGAGAGCGGAGAGGGAGCGAGCGCUGUACCGCAGACAUCAUUUCUACUACAGUGGUGGAGACAUCCCGGACCUGUGUCACUGCAGGGGGAAGGAAAAAAGCCAAACAAACCAAAAGCAGACCCAAGCCCCGUGAUCAGCUAGGACGACAUUUGUGUGCGAGUCUCUCUCUGACCCCCCCACCCCCGCCAACCCCACCUCCACUGACACUUUACAUCACAUUGCAGGCCAAGCCAGAUGGGCAAGCAAUACAAGCUGUGAAUUUAUUCUUGACCCCGUAGGACAGUGACCACCAUCAGUUUUUUCUUCACCCUACAGUUAUGCACUGCCAAUAAGUGAAAAGGUCACGAGAAGCAAGCAGUAGCUGAAUUUUUCUGAAGUGCUUUACAGCAGAGAAAGUGGGGAAACCUCUUAAAGUGGUGUCUUAUUCCAUCCUGGAGCACAGGGAAAGAGUUUUAAUGCAAAAUACCAGAAAAAAAAGUCUGCAACAUCUCCUGUGAGAGGGGAGAGAAAAGGAGAUUAACAAUUGCAUCUUGAAACACUCAUGAUUUGAGGUAUCAAAAUUCCUGGAAGCUGGGAUAGUUGGGAGGCAAGACUCCCUUCAGUUUUCUCAGUGCGGCUGACUGUUUAACCCUGAGGACAAACAAGUCUUUCUAGCUGCACCUCUGCAUAGCUUCCCUUGACUACCAGGCAGCAUCUUUGUGCCCUGCUCGGUCCAGGUUCUGUCCCCGUAAGGCUGUGCUCUUCUUCUGUGGUUGUGCCUGGGUUUCACCUGCCCAGCCUGCCUUGCUGCACGGGCAGCCUUGCUCUGCACCACUGCUGAGGAGCUAAGAUGAAGACACAUUGUGGUUUCCUGCUGUUUUGCUUUGUAACCAGUCCACUGGCCAUAUGUGUCCUUUGAACUCUGAAGAAGCUGUGCCAAAAGGAAGCCUUCUUCUCCUCCCCUCCUCCCAUCGCGGAGCCGCUCUUAGAUAAUUGCAAUUAGUAGACAAUGCGGAGCGAACCCAAAUGUGAAGUCCAUGGGUCUACCUUACUUUAUUUGAAAAAGGAAAGACAGUGAGGACCUGUGAACAAUCCAGCUGCUUCUGAAAAAUCUUCAUGCUAAAGGAUAAUCCAGAAUUCCCUGAAGAAGAACAAAGUGAAUGUUAAUCCAGAGAAGCUGUCGGAGGAUCGUGCUCACAGGGAGAUGAUUCCUCAUGAAGUCACUGGAUCCCCUGCAGAAAUCAAAUGUGACUUUCCGUUUAUCAGACUGAAAUCAGAGCCAGCCAGACAGUGAAGCAAGCACAGUGGAGGGGGGACGGCGAAAGAUGAAAUCCAACCAAGAGCGGAGCAAUGAAUGCCUGCCACCUAAGAAGCGAGAAAUCCCUGCCACCAGCCUGCCUUCGGAGGUGAAGCCGGUCCUGCCAAACGAAAACCACCGUGCAGAUAACCUGGCAUGGCUCCCCAGCACACCCAGUGGCCAGGGCUGCCUGGGGGGCCGGCACCGGCCCGGGGGCACCUCCUCGGUGGAGGCAGGCUUGCAGCAGGGUUUGCACAAGUCACUGUCUGCAGGGAUGGACUAUUCCCCGCCGAGCGCACCCAGGUCCGUUCCGGCCUCUACCACUCUUCCCACGGUGUACUCGCCCGCCCUCUCCCAGUCAGGGACCCCCGUUUCCCCCGUGCAGUACACUCACCUGCAGCACACCUUCCAGUUCGUCGGGCCCCAGUACAGCGGAUCGUACACCGGAUUCAUCCCCUCGCAGCUGAUCUCCCCAACGGCCAAUUCCGCGACCGGCGCCGUGGCGGCGGCCACCGCCGUUGCAACCACUCCAUCCCAGCGCUCCCAGCUGGAGGCUUAUUCCACUUUGCUGGCCAGCAUGAGCGGCUUAAGCCAGCAGGGGCACAAAGUUGAGCCGCACCUGGUCAGGACGCCUGGACUGAUCGCUGCUGGGUCUCCUCCGCCCACCCAGCAGAACCAGUACGUCCACAUUUCCAGCUCUUCCCAGAGCACUGUCAGAAACGUCUCUCCUCCAACCAUCCCAGUCCCCCUGCACCCACAUCAGACGGUGAUCCCGCACACCCUCACCCUUGGCCCUUCCUCCCAAGUGGUGGUGCAGUACACUGACUCAGGGGGCCACUUUGUCACCAGGGAUGCCCCCAAGAAACCCGAGAGCAGCCGGCUGCAGGCGAUGCAGGCCAAGGAGGUACUGAACGGCGAGUUAGAGAAGAGCCGGAGGUACGGCAUUUCGCCUUCUGCCGACAUGGGUCUAGUCAAAGCAGGCAAUAAACCAGCUCCCCAUCACUAUGAGACCAGGCACGUGGUGGUCCACUCGAGCCCCGCCGAGUACGGCGUGCGGGAUUCCUCAGGUGUCCGAGCCUCUGUCAUGGUGGUCCCCAACAGCAGCACGCCCACGGCGGACAUGGAGGUGCAGCAGGCCGCCAACCGUGAGACCUCUCCUUCAGCCCUCAACGACAAGGGAAGUUUGCACUUAGGAAAGCCGACCCACCGGUCCUAUGCCUUGUCUCCGCAGCAGGCUCUGGGCCACGAGGGCGUGAAGGCGGUGGCCACGCUGUCCCCUCACACCGUCAUUCAGACCACCCACAGCGCCUCCGAGCAGCUCCCCGUGGGGCUGCCGGCGACAGCUUUCUACACCGGCACCCAGCCGCCGGUGAUCGGCUACCUGAGCGGCCAGCAGCAAGCCAUCGGCUACCCCGGCAGCCUGCCGCAGCACCUGGUGAUCCCGGGCACACAGUCCCUGCUGAUUCCGGUCGGCAGCGCGGACGUCGAGCCGUCGGGAGUCACGCCCGCGAUCGUCACGUCGUCUCCUCAGUUUGCAGCAGUGCCUCACACGUUCGUCACCACCGCCGUCCCCAAGAGCGAGAACUUCAGCGCGGAGCCCCUCACCACCCAGCCUGCCUACCAGGCCACCAUGGUGCAGGCGCAGAUCCACCUGCCCGUGGUGCAGUCCAUCGCCUCCCCUGCCGCCGCGCCCCCCACGCUGCCCCCUUACUUCAUGAAGGGGUCGAUCAUCCAGCUGGCCAACGGGGAGCUGAAGAAAGUGGAGGACUUGAAAACAGAAGACUUCAUUCAGAGCGCGGAAAUCAGCAACGACCUGAAAAUAGACUCCAGCACUGUGGAGAGGAUUGAAGACAGCCAUAGCCCGGGCAUCGCCGUCAUACAGUUUGCCGUGGGGGAGCAUCGAGCACAGGUCAGCGUGGAAGUCUUGGUAGAAUAUCCUUUUUUUGUAUUUGGACAAGGCUGGUCAUCGUGCUGCCCUGAAAGAACCAACCAGCUCUUUGAUUUGCCAUGCUCCAAACUCUCAGUGGGGGACGUCUGCAUAUCGCUCACACUCAAGAACCUGAAGAACGGCUCUAUUAAAAAGGGCCAGCCCAUGGACUCAGCUAGUAUCUUGCUGAAGCAUUCAAAGAAUGACAGUCUAGCUGGAAGUAGACACAGGUAUGCGGAGCAGGAAAACGGGAUUAAUCAGGGAAGCGCACAGAUGUUAGCUGAGAACGGUGAACUGAAGUUUCCGGACAAAAUAGGAUUGCCUGCAGCACCUUUGCUCACCAAAACAGAACCCAGCAAGCCCCCAGCAACAAGGAAGAGGAGGUGGUCAGCCCCUGAAACACGAAAACUAGAGAAAUCAGAAGAGGAGCCACCUUUGACUCUUCCCAAGCCUUCUUUUAUUCCUCAGGAGGUUAAGAUUUGCAUUGAAGGUCGAUCCAACGUAGGAAAGUAAAAGUUGUUUGGGGAAAGGAAAUUAGGCUAUCCCUUGUCAUUUUUAUCCAGAUUACUGUACUGUAGACUAAAUAACCCAGUAUUUACAUGUUAUCAUCUUAUUUUAGGUUUAUGUUAUAACCUUGUUGUUAUAGUUGCAGCUGGUAUUAUGCAGGAGACUGGUGCAUAUGUUUUUCCACAAGUGUUUGUCAGUGACUAGGUUUAUCGAGAGCUACAGAAGGGGCAGUAUCUGCUUCACACACCCUUAGUGGAAAUGAAUGUGUUGUCAUGGCUCCUGUUUUCUAACACCUCGUGUAGGACAGGGUCCAGCUGUGAUUUUGUUUUCUUUUCAUUGCUUUGUGUUUGUUUUGUUGUUCUGGUUCCUGUUCUAGUUUUUUUGGGGGGGAGGUGAGGAGAAGGGAACUGUAGCAGAGGUGUGUGUCAAACAUGGGGUGCGUGUGCGUGCGUGUGUGGGUGUGGGUGCGUGCCAGCCCCCAGGGCGGGACGGCCGCUCUCUGGCGGGUCGGUGAUGAGGUUUCCUCACCCCAGGUGGAUGCUGAGGACACAACCAACCCUUGGGUGUGUUACUGAAAAGGAUCAGACAGUCUCUGAUGUUUUCAACAACAAGCCAACUCUUACUCAAGGCUCUGCUAUACAUAUAUAUAUAUAUAUAUAUGUGUGUGUGUAUAUAUAUAUAUAUAUAUAUAUUUGCGUGUGUGUAUAUGUAUAUAUAUAUAUUUUUCCCCCAUGGGGUCUGACUGCACUGAUUUUUAUUCCUAAAGCAAACUGCCACACCACAUUUCCUUUCUGCUUGCUAGUGCAGUUCCAUUGCCCAGAGUCAGCAACGACGGGGCUGUCCAGAGCCUCGACCGCAGGGUUUCCCUUGAGGGAGGGGGGUGGGUGGUGUGUACGUGUGCCUGGGUGUGCCUGGGUGUGUGUGGGUGUGCUGGGUGUGCGUGGGUGUGCGAGGAGGCCUCUGGCUCCGCGGAUGCGCCUGGCUCAGGCUCACUCCUGUUUCUGUACAGUGUUAGACAAAUCGACCGGGUUACGCCAUUGACAUUUGCUUCCACAAGGUAGAUGCAGACUGCCCCUUUGAGAUCACAGGCAUCCAUCGUUUGCAGUUAGGUUGCAAAUCUUUGUCUUUAACUCUAGUACUGGUUUUAGUUCUUGGUUAUGGACAACUGGUGCCACUUUUUUCAAAUUGCGGUGCGUGACACAGGAAUCCGCUGUUGAAGAUGAACCUAGAAUGUCUUUAAGCACUUAAAAUGCUGUUCACACUUUAUUGCUGAGCAUCCUGGUCUAACACUCAGUACGUACUGUAUAUCACUUUAAUCUGCUCGGAAAGCAACAACAACAAACAAACAAAUCUCUUCAACACUGUAACUACAUGCAACUAUGUAAAGUUUUCUCACAGGCAAGAUGCUGAAAGUUUUAAUGUGGUUUCAAAGGGAUGAAUGUGAAUUAUUGAACUAGUAUGUGACAGUCAUUGUCCACAAAGGACUACUUAAUAGGAGGCACUUUUUAAACUUUAAUGCUUGAGAAAGAGUUAAAGGCAUAUGCGAGCUGACAUAAUAAAAAAGAAAAAAAAGAGAAAGGAAAAAGGAAAGAGGAAAAAUCAUUGUCCAGUGUUUUUGAAAAAGAUGGACUUUAAAGAAUCUUGCAAUUUGCACAUCUUGAGUUUAUCAUUUGUGUGGUAUUCCUGCAGUUUUUACCUAAUAAUGUUGUGGGGUGGGGGGGUCUGAAAGAGCAUAAACAAAUGUAGCAAUUACUCACUAACCUGCCUACGCUCUAGGCCAUUUCAUAGGGUUACGUUCCUUUCAGAGUUCAUUUUUGGUCUUUCUACCUUAUCGGCCACACAGAACCAGGUCCUACUGGGACACCUCUGAGAAUUUUUCUUCGGACUUGCUGAGAGAGUUUUCCAGAAAAAAACCCAUUUCUAUAAGUAAGCAAGGUGUUUGUUUGUUUUGAAAACAAACCUAUUGUUAUUUUAUUAUUUUUAUUAUUAUUAUUAUUUGUUAUUUUAAUUGCAUCAUUUUCCAUUGGAAAGGCGACAUUUCAGGAGUUUGGUACAAACCAAGUAGGAGCGGGGGAUUCACGCGUUCAGUCUUUUCUUUCCCCAGGUAGGGCCGGAUCCUCUGAGGUGCUGUGCACCCAACCUCCUGCACGAGCCUCGGGGAGGUGCAGCAUGAAGUGUGUCGGGGCUGAGUGCUAAAGCUUGUCGCUGCUUCUUGGAAGAUCCCAGUGGGAUUGCAGUGGGAUCGCACUCGGGCCCUCUGUGAGCAAGCGUUCGUGUCGUCAUUUUUGGUUGGCGAGUUCACAUCCUUCAGGUAGUUUUGAAGAAGCUGUACUCAUAGGGAGAACAGGAAAUCAAAGUCCGUCAUUAGAAACACAGUAACCUAAAGUGAACAAAUUUCUUUAAAGUCUUGUUUUCCCUCUCCCCUGAAAUACAGUGCUUUUCUUUGAGAGAAGAAAUGUUAACCCCAAACCCCAUCUUUGACUCUUAUUACUUGUUACUUGAAAUUUAGCUCACACCAGACCGAAUUGUUUUUAUACCAUAUUCUGGGGUGCACCAAAAAGUUGAAAUAUGUUUAAAAUAGCUUGAAACUUUUUUUGAAUUUCCUUGAAUUUUAUUAACCUCUCGGCGGGCUACCAAAUAGCUGAGUGGGUUUCUUCUCACAAUCACACAGCUUAGUUAGUGCUUAUUUGUUAAUAUUUCUGCUCAGAGAAGUUGCUUAAUCUUCCAUAUACUCUGCUCAGGGCACUUGCAAUUUAUUGUUUCGUUUUGUUUCCUGUUUUUUUUUUUUUAAGCUUUGAUGGUAAAGGAAUAGAAAGAAUUACAGAUUUUAGUUCACAGUCUUACCACUAUUUCUGUACUUCACGUGUACUUAGAAAAAAAGAAAUCUCAAGUAAAACCAUACGCAUACACAUUUGUGGUCAAUAAGGAAGCAGGGGCUAUUAAACUGACUGGAUCUAUUCAACUAACACUAAAAAAAAAAAAAAUAAAAAAAUACAUUUGGAGCAAUAGGAAUGUAUUAGUUCUGUGCUUGUAUUUCAGACUGAGGAAUUCUGAAAUAACUGGUUCUUUCCAAACAAUUGUCCCCUUCCAUGCUUUAGCUUUUGUAGGAUGUGCAAUACUUCACGUGCCAACUUAGACUCACCUGUACGGUGUUAGCUAGAUCUCAUACCCACUUCUGAUUUCCCCUGGUUUUGUCUCUUCUGAAUUCUUUCUUUCUACCUUUCUCCCUGCCCCCCUCCCCCCUUAAUAAGUCCCUCCCUGUCCUCCCCCCUCCAAAAACCCGCACCAUAUUAAGGGUAUAAGAUUCUUUGCCCCGGGAAACACGAACCCAUUUUGUAUUUGUUGUUUAAAGAGAUCCAGGAAGAAAAAAACAAAAAGGAAAAAAAAGAGAUGUAUUCAUGUCUACAUGGCAUCCAGGCAGAGGGUGGCACUCACCAUAUGCCGAGUGGCACCUUCUGCCUGGGCACACGUACACAGGAGCUGGCUCCCACUAGGGCCAAGUCCUUUGCAAGGCAGGGCUUUGCCUUUCCCUCUGGCACUGAGCAUCCCUUGUGGUGCAGCCCCAGGCCCGGGAGUGCCAUCGAUCCCCAGGGCAGGUGCAAAACACCACUUGCAAGCAGGGGGAUGCUGAGGUGAAGUUGAAGGAGGAGGCUCUGCCCCUGCUCUGCGUGGCAGCCGCUUUGCAAUAGUAACUGAGAGCAGUUUUCUUUUUGUCUGUUUGUUCCUUUCCUUUUGUAGCAGGCCUCUUUAGUUUACAACGAAAUGCAUACAAUCACCAAGAAAUUAGUCAGGGCAAAGAAAAAUAAAACAAGAACCUCUUUAUAGGGAUUUCUUAAAAAAAAAAAUCUAUUUGUCUGUCUGCCUAUCUAUCUAUCUAUCUAUCUAUCUAUCUAUCUAUCUAUCUAUCUAUCUCUAUAUAUACAGUGACUGUUCCUUAUAGCGUCUAACUUAGGCAUUGUUUCAGUUUGUCUGGGCCACAUCGUGGGGAAUUUGAGUUUGAUGUCACUUACCUCGAGUCCUCUGGUCGAGACCCGAAUCGGAGUCGCUGUUGACCUAUUCCACCAUUUUGUACCUUGCCCUUAGACUUACUUUCCCUCAAAGAUGCAGACCUCGGGAGGAGGGGAGGGACACACGUUCCUUUUUUCAUUCCUUUAAUUCCUUUGUCCCACUGUCGCUUCGUUCGACCUGUCGUUCCCGUCAUUUUCUCGGCAUGAGGAAGUGACAUCACUACUCUUGUUUCCCUUAAAUCAAGGAACAUUUAGAAACCUUUCACACCUUUUACUCAGGGAUGGGGCUGGUGUAUGUGUGGUACACUGAUGUGACCAGAAGCAGCACUUUUACUGCUCCGGAGUAGGGAUGUACAAUGUUACAGACAAGUUUGGAUUUCCUGCAUCUCACAGUUUAAACUUUGUAGAUCUCAUUUAGAUUGCAAUACAAAAGCAGCAGGGUCAGCAUGAACUGUAGCUGUUGGUUACCAUGAAAAUACACUCUCUGCAGAGAUUUAUAUUACUUUAAAGUGUGUUGCCAGUAGUAAAAAGGAAAUGGUGAAAUUCCGUUAAUUCUUGCAACUACUUAAAAAAAAAAAAAAAAGGCCUGCCUCAAGGAGAGCGAAUUCUCAAUCUUUUUAAACACUAAUAGUGUUGUUUCAGAUUGGCUCUUGGUGCAAUGCUCUGCAUGUCAUGGGACACAGUUCUGCAAAAGCUUAUACAUGUGUGCAUGGGAGGUCUGGGCUGGCCAGCAAAGGCUGCUCAGGGGCUUGCUGUAAAGCACAUGGAUAAAUCUUUGUGGAACUGAAGCGUGGUUCAAUCAGGGCCGGAUCCUGGCCUUAACUGGGCAGUUGGAAAAAUGUCGGGGUUGACCAGGGCAGAAGCCUUGGGCAGGUAGAGGGGAUUUGGCCCAUUGAAACACUUUCUGCUGUCCCAGAAACUUGACAAAUGGCAGAAUGAGAUAUGCACUCGUACAGUUUCCAUUUCUUUCCUCCCCAUCAUCACAGGUAGCAGCAGAGUCAACUGUGAGCUCUGGCCAGUGUUGAUGUGAAAAGCAAGGGGAACAUGCCACCAGAGUGGAGGCAGUAACUUCCUUUUCUCUGGUUUUUCCAACCCUCCCAUUCUCCCAAAUCCUACAAUACAUAGCAAAAUGAGAAUUUGUUGAUGCAGAUAUGCAUAUGUGCACACACACCCCCAGGCAGAAGUGUCUGUUUGCACACAAAGAAGUUAUGUGUGCAUUUUUUUUAUGUGUAUGCCUACAUGUCCACUUGAUUCCCUGUCCUGAGGACAGCCUUGCUUUGUGCCCAUAGGGAAAUUCCAAACGCGUUGCACACCUCUACUCCAGAGUUCAAUUUCUUUUACAUAGACGACCUCGCUUCAGAUGUGUUACCUUUACUGAUAGGAUCUUUUCUUGUAGCACUAUACCUUGUGGGAAUAUUUUUUGAUGUAAACCUAAUUUGAGAAGCUUAUAAAAAAUAGAAACUUUUUUUGAAGCACUCACAUUGAGGAGUACAGGUAAUGUUUUAAAAAAUUGCACAAAAGAAAAAUGAAUGUUGGAAUGAUUCAUUCAGUGUUUGAAAAAGAGAUGGCUCUGUUUGAACAGUGAGUUUCAUACCUUGUUUGUAAAAAAAAAAAGUUUUUAAAUACAAAAGCAGAGAAAGGUUGAAAGUUACAUGUUUUUUGUAUAUAGAAAAUGUCAUGUCUAGAUAAUCUGAUUUGUAUUGGCUCUGGCCAGGAAGAAUUAUUACUUAAAAGGCUCUUAAAGAACAACUGUGCUUAAUUUUCUGUUCGUAUUACAUGGGUCCCGUUUCUGGGGAGUGGAGUCACGCUGUUAACUCCUGUGCUGAAAAUACACCUUGGAGCAGCAAUUCCUGAGUGCAGCUACCGGGCACUUCGAAGGGUG